AUGUAUUUUUGUCGAAUACUUCGUCCUUAUUAUAAAUUAUUAAAACACUCGAAAAGCCUUUCAUCAUUAUCUUCAUAUCGUGAUCGAUCAUUUUACAAAUAUUUUGUCGAUUUUCAAACACGAUUGCGUGACAAUGAUUGUUAUGGUUAUGUUAAUUAUGUUGUUUAUGGUGAAUGGAUUGAUUCAACUAUUGAUAAAUUUUUAAUUGAACAAUGCUCAUUUGAUCAUUCAAAAUCUCCAUUACUUGAUUAUGUUGUUUAUUCUCAUUGUGAAUAUUAUAGUCCACUAUCAUAUCCAUCAAUAAUUUCAGC